AGCAGUUCCUCAGACGCAAAGAAGAUCGAGUCUGCAGCCCACACCAUAGUGCGAGCAGAUUGCGUCCAAUAGGCGCAAAGGGAGAUGGGGGUGGCCGCUGGACGAGCGGCGGCCAUGGUGGCUGCGGCGGCGGCGGCGGCGGCGGUGCUGCUGCUGCUCGCGGGCGGCGCGCACGCGGACUGCUACGACGACUGCUUCAAGGACUGCAUGGCCAGGUUCAAGUCCAUGAGAGACUACUGCAGCUACGCGUGCGAGAAGGUCUGCGAUCCGGACGCCACGCUCCAGCGCCCCCUCGCCGUUGUGGGGCCAGCAGCAGCGUUGGCCGACCACCACCCGUUGGACAAGAAGCAUGGUGCUGUCUGGCCGGCGGCGUUGCCCGACCAUCCUUUCCACGAGACGCACGGCGACGUCGAGCCGGCAGGGGAGCCGGACCCAGCUAGGCACGUCGUCCGUCCGGCACGUGUCCCCGUCCUCCCCUGAACGCCGCCGGAGCGAGAGCGCGCGAUGCUAGCCGCUCGGCCUGGCGCCCGUAUGUUAAGCACUAGACGAAGUGUGUGAUGUGUCAAACGUAUAAGCAUGCCUUAACUAUCUCACGUUUAUGCAAGGGGUAGCGGUGUCAAUUUGACGAGUGAUUGCCACGUUCGAACAGACCAGGAAUGCACGGUCUGGAUUCUGGAAGUGCACCAAGGCCAAGGGUGCCGGUAGGCGGUGUGGCGAUACAAACUCCUCUCCAAAUUCGGAGCAAGAAAAUAGAGAC